AUGCGCUAUAAGUCAGGAAUACGGAACAACAACAAUAACAGUGGCAAUAAUACUAAGUCACAUUAUUCAUCUAAGAACAAGAAGAAAUUCAAGCCUAAAUAUGAUUCAAGAAUACAUCUAGUAAAACAGAGGAUUAUUCAGAAACAAAGAGCACAGUUUACCUUUCAAAAUUCUAAGCUAAAAGUCAUCUCCAAUGAAGAAGAAAAAGAAGUUCAGUCAAAAUUGAAUAGACCAAAAGAAAUCGUCUCUGUGCCGAUUUCUCUUAAACCACUACAUACAACUAACAGGUUGGAUAAAGAUGAGCCCGUAACCGAAAUUUCUCCUCUUGAAUCUCAUCCAAAUAGGUUAUCUACAAAGUUUAACGUCAAUUUGCAAAAGAAAAAAUCAGAAGUGAAUCCGUUGAAUGAACAUCAUCAAGAUAAUUUGAAUAAGUCUACUUCAGACUUGUAUACAUCGACUAAGUCAAAAGAAGUAUGGUUUGAUGAUGUCCCACAAGCUUUAAUCGCACAUUCAAUGCAAGAUCAAUCGGCUACAACAAAAUCUUUAGUCAAGUCGACAUCAUUUACUGGUCCAACACGUCGUAUUGCAAUGGAUUGUGAAUUUGUUGGCGUUGGUUUUGAGGGCAAAGACGAUGCUUUAGCACGUGUUUCUAUUGUAAAUCAAUUCGGUCAUAUACUUCUGGAUACAUAUGUACGCCCAGAAGAGCGUGUUGUUGAUUAUCGAACAAAAUUCUCCGGUAUAAGAGCUCAUGAUUUACGAAAGAAUGGAUCAGCUCGGUCAUUUCAUGAUGUGCAUAAACAAGUUGCUGAACUCAUAAAGAAUCGAAUAUUAGUUGGACAUUCUAUUCUAAAAGAUCUCAAGGUUUUGAGACUCUCUCAUCCACGUCGAUUUAUCCGCGACACAUCACGUUAUCGUCCCUUCCGUGAUUUAUUCUCUGGUCGUAUACCAUCAUUGAAAGGAUUGACACAAAAAGUUCUCGGCGUUACUGUACAAGCUGGUGAACAUGAUUCAAUUGAAGAUGCUAGAGCUACCAUGCGACUGUACACAUCUGUUAAACGUGUCUGGGAAUCGAGUAAAAAGAAUCGAACUCCAACGGGCAAAAAUAUUAAGAAAGCUAUACCUAUUGAUAAACAAGGCACACUUGAUAUUAAAGAUGAAUAUGAGUCUGGAUUACACGAAGACAAGUCAAAUUCAACUCAUCAACAAGUGAUAACUAGCAGUACUAAAAGUCGAAGAGAUAAAACUUCAUUACAGAAAUCAAAACGAUGGGAUCCUCUACGGGGUCGUAAGUGUUCAAAGAACCGAUUAAAAUUUAUUAAUAAACACCGUAAAUUACACAAAAAGUAA